GAGAGAAACCCCCUCUAAAAACCCUAGAAAUCGACCCAAGGUGAAGCUCCAUUUGAACAAUGGUACUGCAUUUUGGUUUUUAGCCUUCUAAAAACCCUAGAAAUCGACCCAAGGUGAAGCUCCAAGUUCCUUUGUUGGAUCGACUACAUUCAGAUAGCAUGGAAGAGGCAGGACCGAGCUACAAGGAGAAGCCUUCAAAUGGAGCAGUACAUGUGGACUUAGACGAGGAAUAUGAUGAUGAUGAUGAUAUGAUGGAUGCACCUUCGAUUAGGGAUUUCGAUGAAGUGUUCCUAAAGAACUUCUGUAGAAAGGCAUCAACAUCCUUUUUCAAACAUUAUGGUCUUAUAAGUCAUCAAACUAACUCAUAUAACGAUUUCAUCAAAGUAGGAAUUCAGAAUGUUUUUGACUCCAUCGGUGAGAUCAUUGUUGAACCAGGGUAUGAUCCUUCAAAGAAGGGUGAUAAUGAAUGGAGAUACGCAUCAAUAAAGUUCGGGAAGGUCACUCUUGAGCGCCCAAGGUUUUGGACAGGAGAGAAAUUUUCAACUGAUAAUGGUAAAGAGUACCUGGAGUUCUUGCCUAGACAUGCACGUCUUCAGAAUAUGACUUAUUCAUCCAGAAUGAGAGUUCAGUUCACAAAACAGGUGUAUACUCAAGAGCUUGUUAGAAGUGACAAGUUCAAAACUGGAAAGGAGAAGUAUCUGGACAAGAAAAUCGUAGAGACCGAGGAGCGGGAGGUGUUUAUCGGGAGGAUUCCUGUGAUGGUCAAUUCUGACACGUGUUGGAUGAGUUUAGCUGAAAAAGAUGACUGUGAUUAUGAUCAAGGAGGCUAUUUUAUAAUCAAGGGAGCCGAGAAGACCUUCAUUGCACAAGAGCAGCUUGGAUUGAAUAGAGUUUGGGUGGCGGGUUCUCCAAAUUGGCGUGUGCAGUACCGUUCGGUUCACAAGAGGAAAAGGGUUUAUGUGAAACUGGUAGACACUCCUAAAGUUGACGAUAUUGGAGGAGGAGCACAAGUGAUAACGGUGUAUAUCUUGAGUUUGAUGGAUAUACCAAUAUGGAUACUCUUUUUUGCCCUUGGGGUAGCUUCAGAUAAAGAAGUGGUUGACCUGAUUGAUGCCGACAUUAAGGAUGGAAAUAUUGUCAAUAUUUUAAUUGCAUCCAUUCAUGAUGCUGAUCAGACAUGUGAUGAAUUUCGUAAAGGAUGGAAUUCACUAAAUUUUGUUGACCAACUUCUCAAAAAAAGCAAAUUUCCACCGAAAGAGUCUGUUAAAGAGUGCAUUGAGAACUACUUAUUUCCAAAUAUCAUUGGCUUUGGUAGAAAAGCUCGGUACCUUGGGUAUAUGGUCAAGUGUCUUCUGGAAGGUUAUACUGGUCGAAGGAAAGUUGAUAACAAAGAUGAUUUUAGGAACAAGAGGUUGGAAUUGGCUGGUGAGCUACUUGAGAGAGAGCUAAAAGUUCAUCUUCGACAUGCUGAGAUGCGAAUGGUGAAGUCCAUGCAAAGGGAUCUCUAUCCGGAUCGCAAUUUGCAAGCAAUGGAGCAUUAUUUGGAUGCAGCAAUUAUUACAAAUGGUCUUUCUCGGGCAUUUUCGACGGGUUCCUGGUCACAUUCAUACAAAAACAUGGAGAAGACCUCUGGUGUUGUGGCUAUGCUUAGGAGGGCAAAUCCUUUGCAGAUGAUUGCCGAUAUGAGGAGAACACGUCAGCAGGUACUAUAUGCUGGGAAGGCUGGAGAUGCAAGAUACCCACACCCUUCUCAUUGGGGAAAGAUUUGUUUUCUUUCUACCCCUGAUGGGGAGAAUUGUGGGUUGAUAAAAAAUUUGGCUGGCACUGCUCUUGUGUCAACAACUGUUCGGGAACGACUUUCUGACAUACUGCUAAGCUGCGGAAUGGAAAAAUUGGUAGAUGAUACCUCCACUUUGCUCUCUGGACUGGAUAAAGUUUUUGUCGAUGGCGAUUGGGUUGGAAUUUGCAAAAAUUCUGCUUCAUUUGUGGCUGAGUUUAGGCGCCGGCGUCGUAGAAAGGAAGUACCUCAUCAGGUUGAAAUAAAAAGAGAUACCAAACAUAAGGAAGUGCGCAUAUUUUGUGAUGCUGGAAGGGUUAUGCGUCCGCUUUUGGUUGUUCAGAAUUUCCACAAAAUUAAAACUCUAAAAGGGGGAGGAUGCUCAUUUCAAGAUCUUUUAGACAAUGGAGUUGUUGAACUGAUUGGACCUGAAGAGGAAGAAGAUUGCGUCACAGCAUGGGACAUCAAAUAUCUUUUUCUGGAAAAUGAUGGACAUGACCCUUCAAAGUACACACAUUGUGAACUAGAUAUGUCGUUCAUGUUGGGUUUAAGCUGUGGCAUUAUCCCGUUUGCUAACCACGAUCAUGCCAAAAGGGUCCUCUUUCAGUCACAAAAGCACAGUCAGCAAGCAGUCGGGUACUCUUGCACAAACCCGGAUAUAAGACUCGACACUCUCUCUCAUCAGUUGUUCUACCCACAGAGGCCACUUUUCAAGACCGUGCUUUCUGACUGUCUUGAAAAACCUGGUCAGCCUUUUGGUCAAAGUGUAAAGGGCACGAUUCCUAGACCUGAGUUCUUCAACGGACAGUGUGCUAUUGUAGCUGUCAAUGUUCAUCUUGGUUACAACCAAGAAGAUUCAUUGGUAAUGAACAGUGCUUCCCUAGACCGUGGGAUGUUUCGGUCGGAACACAUUCGAAGUUACAAGGCUGAAGUUGAUAACAAAGAAGCUUCGGGGAAGAAGAACUCUGACGAUGCUGUGAACUUUGGGAAGAUACAGAGCAAGAUUGGACGGGUUGACAGUCUUGAUGAUGACGGGUUUCCCUUUAUUGGUGCCAACUUGCAGAGUGGUGACAUAGUGAUCGGGAAACAUACAGAAUCGGGGUCCGAUCAUAGUAUAAAACUGAAGCACACUGAAAGAGGCAUGGUUCAAAAGGUUGUCUUAUCAGCAAAUGAUGAAGGAAAGAACUUUGCUGUGGUAUCUCUGAGACAGGUCCGGUCACCAUGUCUUGGUGAUAAAUUUUCGAGCAUGCAUGGGCAAAAGGGUGUUUUGGGUUAUUUAGAAUCUCAAGAAAACUUCCCUUUCACUCUACAAGGGAUAGUUCCGGAUAUUGUCAUAAACCCACAUGCCUUCCCCUCAAGACAAACUCCUGGGCAGAUGCUAGAAUCUGCGUUGGGCAAGGGAAUUGCCUUAGGAGGUUCACAAAGAUAUGCGACUCCUUUUUCUUCUCUCUCUAUUGAUGCCAUAACGGACCAGCUUCACAGGGCUGGAUUUUCGAGGUGGGGAAAUGAGAGGUUAUAUGAUGGCCGGACUGGUGAAAUCGUCAAAUCCCUUGUUUUCAUGGGCCCCACCUUUUACCAGAGGCUGGUCCACAUGUCUGAGGACAAAGUCAAGUUCCGAAACACAGGUCCUGUACACCCUCUCACCAGACAACCAGUGGCAGACCGGAAGCGAUUUGGUGGGAUCAAGUUCGGGGAGAUGGAACGAGACUGCCUCAUAGCCCAUGGAGCCUCGGCUAAUCUGCACGAACGUCUUUUCACUCUCAGUGACUGCUCCGAGAUGCAUGUCUGCCAAAAGUGCAAAAGAAUGGCGAGCGUGAUCCAGCGGUCGGUCCCCGGAGGCCAAAAGAUCCGUGGACCCUAUUGCCGGAUCUGUGACUCGAUGGAAGAUGUGAUAAAGGUAAAUGUGCCUUAUGGAGCCAAGUUACUGACUCAAGAGCUCUUCAGUAUGGGGAUUUCUCUCAAGUUUGAUACUGAAUUAUGUUAAAUCUGGUGGGGGGGAGGGUAUGCAAACUCUGUUAAGCUUUUGGUAGAUUUUUAUUCUUGAAGUAGGAAGGAAUGACUAAUGAUUUUGUUGAAUGUAAUGGUUGUACUGUAUGCAGUGGGUAGUUGUACAUUGCUCUGGAUGCUGAACAUGGUUAGUGUCUUUCUUCUGUAAUCCUAUCCAACGUCUUUUAGCU